AUGGUUUCUGAGGAGGAGCGCAUGGAGGAUGAGGCUGAUGGAGCUGAUGGUUUGGACCCUUCCAAGCCGACCGAGGAGGACUACACCCUAGCAACGCAAAGCACAUCAACUCUGACUACGAAUUCACCACUGGCUGCAGCACCUACCCGUACGGUGGAGACCUCUGUUGAACAACAGGAUGCAUCAUUCCUAGUACAUCGGAGUGCUCAACACUUCGACCGCAUAGGAGCCUUCGAUUUUGAGCUCUUAAUGUUGAGGGCGGUGUUUCCUGAUAGAAACUCCAUCCACAUCAGUUUUCACGUGUGA